CCCACCUCCGGCCGGAACCCGGGCAAAGAUGGCGGCGGCCAGGUGGUGGCGGCUGGUACCCCGCGGUCCCGGGCGGUCAGUGCACUCCGCGGCCCAGGCCGCCGUGGGGACCCCGGACAUCCCCGGCGCAGAGGGCGCGGCGGCCCCUGUGGCCCGCUACCCGCCCAUCGUGGCCUCCAUGACGGCCGACAGCAAGGCGGCCCGGCAGCGGCGAGUGGAGCGCUGGCAGGCGGCGGUGCACGCGGCCCGGACGGCGGACGAGAAGAUCCGCAUCCUCACCAAGAUGCAGUUCAAGAAGUACGUGGUUUACCCGCAGACCUUCGCGCUCAACGCCGACCGCUGGUACCAGGGCUUCACCAAAACCGUGUUCCUGUCGGGCCUCCCGCCGCCCGCCGAGCCCGGGUCCCCGCCCUCCGAGUCGGGGUCCCCGCCGGCCGAGCCCGCGCCCCCGCCCGUCCCGGACCUGGCGACCCUGCGCGCAGCCGCGUGCGACUGCCUCCUGCAGGAGCACUUCUACCUGCGGCGCCAGGGGCGCGCGCCCCUCUACCAGCAGGUGGAGGCCGUCGCCUCGCCCUUCCUGGACCAGCUGGUGGCCGCCCUCAUGGGCCUGCUCAGCGAGCACAACCCGGCCCUGGCCACCGCCGCCCUCGAUUGUAAACGCCCGGUUCACUUUUACUGGUGUCGUGGUGAAGAAAUCAUUGUUCAUGGUCAUCGGAAAGGUCGCGUUGAUGCUGUGAGAUACCAAAUAAAUGAUACACCACACAACCAGAUUCGAAUGUCCAAACAGCUGCCAGAGUUUGUGCCGCUGGAUUAUUCUGUACCUAUAGAAAUUCCUGUUAUGAAUUGUAAGCCAGACAAACUUCCAUUAUUCAAACGACAAUAUGAAAAUGCCAUAUUUAUUGGCUCAAAGACGGCAGAUCCGUACUGUUAUGGUCAUACCCAGUUUCACCUGUUACCAGAAAAAUUAAAUAGGGAAAGGCUCCUGAGGCAAAACUGUGCUGAUCAGAUAGAAGUUGUUCAUAGAGCUAAUGCUAUCGCAAGCCUUUUUGCUUGGACUGGAGCACAAGCUAUGUAUCAAGAAACGGGAGAGGAAUUUAUGUUGAAGAUCUGUUUAUUCAUGAAAGAUAAGUACUUUUUGCAGUAUAAUUCCAUAUUUUAGCAACAUUAGUUAUUGACCAUCUCAUUGCAGCUGGUAUAAAAUAAGUGUGGGGAAAUAGCUGUGCCUGGUCCUGGCAUUAGGGUUUUAAAGUAUUAAAGCCAGUCAGCCUGGAUAAGAAGCAGUUGGAAAAUUGAGUAGUUCAGUUUAAGACAGCCUGGCUCCUUAUCACAUAAGACUCACUAAGUGAAAUGACAGCAACUCAUAAAACCAAUUUUGAGAUACAUAAAGGAAGACACAGAAUUUGUAUGAGGACCUGGUUGAAGUCCUUAGAAAGGUGGUUUUUUUUAAGGUAUUUUUUUUUUGGAGAUGUGGUGAAAUAAAUGGCCUUCAUGGUUAUUGGAUGAUAGAUGUUACUGGUAUGGUGAGCAAUGAUGUAGUUAAUACCAGAUGCAGGGAGAUCUGCAUAGAUACAGAGCUGCUCUUACAAGAAGUGAAUUAAGGUUGAAAGCAGUUGAAGACAGAAAUUGUUGAAAAGAUGUAUCGUGAGUUAGGGAUACUAGAUGUGAUGAAAUAAUUUUUGAUGAGAUCUUUAGGGAAUUGGCAGGUAAAAUAUCUAGGUUUUAGCAGAUAUUCAAUACCCCUCUAAUACAUAUAUUUUGUUUGGGCUAAAUAUAUGUUAGUGUAAAUUUCAGUAUAACUUUC